AGCUGUCCCCCAGUACCACAUGCUGUCUGGCUGCUACUGGGGGUUCAACAAUAGCUCAGUCCUACUGCCCCAGAGACCACAGCCGAGCAGAGUAGAGAGCACAGAUAAGCAGAGAGAGACUAUGUUGGGAUAGGAUCUAGUCUGUUACAAGAUUACUCUGAGGACCAGAGUAGAGCAGAACAGAGUAGAACAGACUAGAGAAGAGCAGAGUAGAACAGACUAGAGAAGAGCAGAGUAGAACAGACUAGAGAAGAGCAGAGUAGAACAGGGAAGAGAACAGAGCAGGUUAGAGGACUCCAACUGCCGUUUGGUUGACAACACAACCCAGGUUAUAAAGACAUAAACAGUCAUAGAAAAUAUAAACCGUCAUAUUAUUUAACAGAUGUUUUAUUUGAAGGUACACCCUCUUCUUGUUGGGAUUCUGGUUGUUUUAGCAGGUUCCGCCAGGUGUUCAGAAGAUGAGACACGUCUGGUUAAAACCCUGUUCACCGGCUAUAACAAGGUGGUCCGCCCUGUCAAUCACUUCAGAGAUCCGGUGGUGGUGACCGUAGGCUUGCAGCUCAUCCAGCUCAUUAGUGUGGAUGAAGUCAAUCAAAUUGUGACCAGUAAUGUGCGUCUGAAACAGAUAUGGGAGGACGUGAAUCUGAAGUGGAACCCUGAUGAUUAUAGUGGAAUUAAGAAGAUCAGAAUCCCUUCUACAGACAUCUGGCGUCCUGACCUCGUGCUCUAUAACAAUGCAGAUGGAGACUUCGCAAUCGUCCAUGAGACCAAGGUGCUGCUGGAGCACACAGGUCUGAUCACCUGGAACCCUCCGGCCAUCUUUAAGAGCUACUGUGAGAUCAUUGUGCUUCACUUCCCCUUCGACCUGCAGAACUGCAGUAUGAAGCUGGGGACAUGGACCUACGACGGCAACCUGGUAGUGGUCAACCCGGACAACGACCGUCCUGACCUGAGUAACUUCAUGGAGAGUGGUGAGUGGGUGAUGCAGGACUAUAGGAGCUGGAAGCACUGGGUCUACUAUGCCUGCUGCCCUGACACACCCUACCUGGAUAUCACCUACCACUUCCUGAUGCUGAGGCUGCCUCUCUACUUCAUCGUCAACGUCAUCAUCCCCUGCAUGCUGUUCUCCUUCCUGACUGGACUGGUCUUCUACCUUCCCACUGACUCUGGUGAGAAGAUGACCCUGUCUAUCUCUGUCCUGCUGUCUCUCACUGUGUUUCUGCUGGUCAUCGUGGAGCUCAUCCCCUCCACCUCCAGUGCGGUGCCUCUCAUUGGGAAGUACAUGCUCUUCACCAUGGUCUUCGUCAUAGCCUCCAUCGUCAUCACCGUCAUCGUCAUCAACACACACCACCGCUCUCCCAGUACACACACAAUGCCCCAGUGGGUCCGCAAGAUUUUCAUUGACACCAUCCCCAACUUCAUGUUCUUCUCGACUAUGAAGCGUCCAUCCAGGGACAGGCAGGAGAAGAGGAUCCACCCGGCUGACUUUGACAUCUCCGACAUCUCGGGCAAGCCUGCCCCUGCCUCUGUCACCUUCCAGUCCCCCAUCACCAAGAACCCGGACGUCCGCAGCGCCAUCGAGGGGGUCAAGUACAUCGCAGAGACCAUGAAGUCUGAUGAAGAGUCCAACAAUGCUGCUGAGGAGUGGAAGUUUGUAGCCAUGGUCCUGGAUCACAUUUUGCUGUGUGUGUUCAUGGCUGUGUGUAUCAUCGGCACCAUGGGAGUGUUCGCUGGACGCCUCAUUGAGCUGAGCAUGCAGGGCUAAAGGAGCGGCCUAGCCGGAGUCAUCGUGCUCUGGCCACACCCUGGUUCUCCCGCUCGCUCUGACACCUGUCUGCUGUGCCUCUACCCCGACUCAUCUGGAAAUGACAAUCAAUCGAUUGAUUGGAUGGUUGAUUGAAUGUAACUGGUCCAGUGAGGUGUUGUUAUUGUUAGCUUCUUUUGUGCAUGGAGAUUACAGUUGAAAAUAUGGACAUUCACGGCACUCGGUGUUGAGAGGGUGUCCCGCUGUCAGCUGUCUGUGACUUGAUGGAUCAUGUUUAAGGAACGAUGGUUAACCUACCUAACGAGGUGAUUCCUUUAUUUCUAACCAUCCUUCCUCAUGUGGAACGAAGGAUGCAGAGUAUGUUGGUCUAACAAACUCUGCAUAAUGGCUCUGAUUGGGAGCACUCUGGCACUCUCAUGGGACUGUGGAUGAGGGAGGUCACAUUAUGGCACUGUGGAUGAGGGAGGUCACAUUAUGGGACUGUGGAUGAGGGAGGUCACAUUAUGGCACUGUGGAUGAGGGAGAUCACAUUAUGGCACUGUGGAUGAGGGAGGUCACAUUAUGGCACUGUGGAUGAGGGAGAUCACAUUAUGGCACUGUGGAUGAGGGAGAUCACAUUAUGGCACUGUGGAUGAGGGAGGUUACAUUACGUUACUGUGGAUGAGGGAGGUCACAUUAUGGCACUGUGGAUGAGGGAGGUUACAUUAUGGUACUGUGGAUGAGGGAGGUCACAUUAUGGCACUGUGGAUGAGGGAGGUUACAAGCAGCUGGUAGUGCAUCUCGCCGUUGUUGCAUGAUCAUGAUUGACGAUCAGAAGAUCCAUUUGAAUGAGUUUCUCAACGUUGAUUUAGAAGUGUUCCAGUCUUGUGGAUGUGCUGGUGCUUAUUCAAUAAAGAUGACAGUGCAGUGGCUGCUGGGAAACUACAUGAUGUUUUAUCUUGUCCGAUGUUAGGGUUUUCUCUCCUCCUUCUGCCAAAUGUCAUCAUGGUUCUAUUUUUAGAUUUGGUUAGAUGUAAAAAAUUAAAUCUACUUCCAGAUAAGCCUGUCUUUCUGUAUUGUGUUUUUACAUUGACAGGGACGGCAUAAACUCUGUGCGCCCGGGUCCUCUUUCUGUUGAAUAAAUUAUUAAAUGAC